AUGGCGGAAGAGGAGGAGGACACACCAGAGAUUUUUAUCGACCGGGAUCCGAAGACUUUUGGCGUGUUGCUAAAUUUUCUGCGGUCCGGUGUUCUUAAUAUCCCGUCUGGAGUUACCGUUGAUGCGGUGCUUAGCGACGCGGACUAUCUCGGCCUGCUGGACGCCGUUAAGGCCGCGCGCCUGCCGCCGGGUCUGGACGCGAAUGAGAUGCACAAGGUGAGUGGUUUGGAAUUGCCUUGUAACGCAGGAGGUAGGAACACAGGUAGUGCGUGCGAUGUUGGGAUUGUAGGCGUCCCGGUUAAGGCCGCGCUCCUGCCGCCUGCUCUGGACGCCAAUGAGAUGCACAAGACGUCCGUUCUUCGGCCAAACGUGGGCCCCGCUGACGUGUGCACGGCCCUGGCUGCGCAUGAAGACGGCUCUGUUGACGUGGCACAUGGCGCCCGGGUGACGUGUUAUGACUGGAUGCUACGUCACACCGCCACCAUUAUCACCGACCUUCCCCAGGUGGACACCAUCUGCCGCUUAUCAGAGUCUCGGAUCAUCGUGGGGGGCGGCAAGGGCUGCUAUCAUCUGCCCAUCUACGACACACGGGGUUACAAUAACACAUUGAACACACUGAGCACAUAUGACAACGAUAAUUUCACAUCGGCCUUCCCUUCCUCGUAUGCCUCCUCCCAUAAUGCUUACCCCUCGCAUUCCCCUUACUCCUCCCCCUACUACUCUUCUCUCUCCAACUCCCAGACCACUUACGGUUCUCCUGCCACCCUCCCAUCCCUCUCCCCUUCCUCUCUAUCCUCAUACACUCCCUCCCCCUUAACCCUCAACCAGCCACCCCCCUCCUCCUCCAUCUCCCCCAUCAUCCUCCCCCAAUCCGCCUCCCACUACCCAACCCCCACCACCAACCCCCUCUACUCCCCCCCUCUCCCUCCAUCCCUCCUCCCCUCCUCCUCCGCGUUCCCCUCCCCCUACUCCCCAUUCGCGCCAACCUGCAAAAUUGGGUCAGUGGCUCUUAGAGGGGCCUCCCACCCAUCUUUCCGCUCCAUAGUUCAAUCUGACCGCUUCUUAUUCGUGGCGAGCCUGAGAAAGACUCUUGGAGUGGAGUGGGGGGUGGGGAAGGCGGUGGGGGUGGUGGAUCGGGCCACGCUGCAGAGCGUGGGGGAGGCAGGGCCAGCGCCUAUUACCACCAGGCGGAUGGGCGGCCCUGAUAAGCUGCAGUGGCUGUCUUCUCGAAACCUUCUCAUGGUCGCGCGUCGAUACACCCCUAGCGUUCAGGGAGGCUCCGAAGGUCCAUCCUACCUGCGUUUGUGGGACCCGCGCUGCAACCAGCUGGUGUGGGACUGGCGUGAAUUUGACGACCCUCAACCCUCGCUCGUCCCCUCGGACCGCUGGUGUGCCCUCUGCGACGCUACCGCCUGUGAAGACCUCUCUCUCCUCCUCAAAGCGUCCCCUUCCGCCCCAGACUCCUCCUCCCGCCUCUCUGCUUUCGACCUGAGGAAGCUGCCACUGCCUGGGACUGGGAAUUCGGCCGGUGCUGGUGUUUCUGUUCCCAGUGGUGCUGCUGGUGGUGGUGCGGCUCAAAUGGGUUCUGGGUUGGGGCUUGGUGGUGAUGAUGGUGGUGCUGGUGGUUUUUAUGUUGGCGGGGGUGGCAGCGGCAGCAGUGUUGGCACUGCAGCAGCAGCAGCAACAGCAGCAGGGGCGGGAGGAGCAGGAGGAGGCGCAGGUGUAGGGUUAUCCACCACAGGCACACCCACAGAUAGCUCAGCUAGCAGCAGUAGAGGGUUUGGAAACAUCUACCGCCCAGCAGCCGUAUCCGGGCCGGUACCAGUAGCAGGAGGGCCGGUUCCCUCUAUAGGCCAAGACAGCUGGACCGUCAUGCAAUGGCAAUCCCCUGACUCGCUGCGAAUAGGAGGAACCAGCACGCAAAGAGACUCGGGCAGAGUCGAAACGAGCACGAUUCGCCUGCUCGUCGUCCCGGGCAGGUCGCAGAUUGUUUGCAACCGCUGUCCGUCGCUGGAGGUGUGGACUCCAGUCAGCAAUCCGUUUGUGCCUGUGGCUACUGGUAGACUCUCCCGAUGGGCUUCUUUGGAUGAGGAGAAGCUAGGAAGCUUCCUCUCUGUGGGUGGGGGACAGGGGGGAAUAGGGGAAACAGGGGGGGUACUGAGAAUUGGAGGCAGGGGGGCGGGUGGGGGAGGAAGAGGGGAUGAUGUGCUGGGCGGGUACCCGAGAGGGGCUUUAACCCCUGGGUCACUUUCUGCUGCAGCUGCAGCUGCAAGGGGGUUUGAACCACCGCCUGUAGAUGGUACAGCCCGCUAUACAGGGGAUGAAGUGGCAACUGCAGUGAGGGUGGUAGGAGGGGGAGCAGGGGAGGGUGCAACAGCAACACCAGCUGGUACUGCUGGUGUUGAUGCUUCGACUUCUGCUGCUGCUGGCACUGGCAAUAGCAGCGGCAAUAGUGCUGCUGCUGCUGCCGCCCCUCCUCCCACACGUUUCGACCCGUACUCCUUCCGAAAGACCUAUGGGGACACCAUGGGCGAAUAUCAAAGGCGGCGGGUAAACUUUGAAGCGCCCCCAGAUCACUGGGUGUACGACAUGGCGUUUGGCGGGAACAGGCUGUUUCUGGCUCGGGAUGACCAGAGGCCAGGAGGUUCGGGGCUAGGUUCAUUACGAGGGCUUGAUUUGAUUUUCCCUUAA